UUGUCGAAGAGUACCUAGGUAGAGGUAGAUAGCUUCAAGAUGGUCUUGGACAGCACGGCACAGCCACGCAGUCGAGGUCCAGACUCGAUAUUGUACCUGUAGAUCUCGACGUGGACCAGAUUCCAGAAACAUCGAAUGAAUUAGAUCCAGCUGUAGAUACGGUAGGUAAAUCAACAAAGGCAGCAGAAGACCUGAAGGAUGAAUGAUUCCUUCAAAACCUCCCUCCAACCAACCUCCCAUCCAACAGUGCCUCCGUAUUGAAAUCUCAAAAUCCGACACACAAACAUACCUACAACCCAGUGCCCACAUCCAACUCAUCUUUACUCCCUAUUCUCAAACUCGAACUCAAACUUAGACUUGGUCUUCAAGCACCCCACACAUCCAUCUCUCAUUUCAUACCUACUUCCGACAAUCAACAAACCAGUAACACCCAAUCACGCCUCACCACCAGAAGAAGCACCACCUAUUCAAACAUGUGCACCCAAGCAAUCACCCAAUCCCUCUGCUCCCACUGCAAGGAGCUUCUCCUCGAAGUCACCACCGAAGAACGCUGCCCCAAAGUCAUCCAAGCGCAAGCCUACACCUUCUCGUGCGGCGCCAAGAAGACGACCAAAGCAAGGGAAUACCCGAGGAAGUGCGUUGCGUGUAUUAAAAAGGAGAGGGAGGAGGAGGAGGAGGAGGGGUCGGAUAAGAAUGGGAGGAGCAGGAUGGGGGAGAGAUCAGGUAAGUCCAGUCCCGUUCGGAUAGAGACGGAGCAUCUUUCUUGUGUUGUUUGUUGCUCGUACGAGCACUGCAUGUGCACAUGGCUGACUUCUACCUCUACCUAGUGUCAGCAGCACUUUUGUUGAGCCCCUUCAUUGCUGGUCGAGGUAUCCGCUGCCAUUCGUGCCCUUCUGUUUGGCAGCUGGGAGGACGGAGUCGAUGAGAGGGGAGGAGGUGUGUUGUCUUGGUUGGUUUAAGCGUCAAAGGGGUGGAUGGAUCUCAUGCCUUUUUUUUUUUUUUUUUUUGGGACUCUAUGAAAUCUCGAAUAAGAUGUGUUCUUAUCUAUGGGAGCGGGAAGGACAGGAAACGGGUCUUUUAAUCACGUGGUAGGGUCAAAACACACUGAACCACCAGCUCCCAUAUACGGGCAUCAACAUAUCGUUCGGACGGAGGCAUUAAGGGGACGAGGCACGGGUAGUAGCGAAAGCUUAGCGGGCAAUGUAACAGGGG